AACUAUCUUCCCACUGUCAAUUGCACACAUUACUGGGUGUCUGUGUGCAUCUAUACAUAUAUAUAAAUACAUAAAUGCACAUUUCUUAAGCGUGUUGAAUUCUUGCUAGAAAGUUUUCCCCUUUUUUCCUGCCCAAGUUUAGUUUGCUGAGAGCUCUUAGGUUUCUCAUGAUUUUUCACCUUUUGAGCUUUUCCGGAAAGUGUUAGAGGGUUUAAAUUACCUGUGAUUAGUUUCUCCUAUUUGAUUUUAGGUUUAAAGUCUUAAUUUUUGGCAAAAUUUGGGGUUUGAAAUUUUUAUUUCAUUUUUAUUCUUGUUAGGUGCAGAAUUCCUUCCUAAUUCAAAAACUCAUCAGCUAUUUUAAAAGUGAUCUUUUGCAACCAUUAGUUCUUGAUUUGCAGAGGUUAAUUAAAGAAUUCUUGCACAAGAUCUUCAAUUUUAGAAAAAAAUUCAAAUCUUGAUAGAGUUGGGAUAAAUUUUUCAAUGGAGUCCGAUGCGCCAGCUAAGUUUACUCUAUGGAAGCAAUCGUCAAUGGCGCCGGAGAGGGACUACGAGGAACUUGAUGAGCUGGAGGAGCAGGAAGAGAAUGAUGUGAUUGACGUUGAUCCAGGGUUGAAACUGAUGUAUGUGGUGAAUGGGGGUGAUUUGGAUGGGAUCAGGGAGCUGGUGGAGUCCGGCGUGGAUGUUAAUUUCCGCGAUAUUGAUCACCGGACUGCUCUCCAUAUCGCUGCUUGCCAGGGGUAUGAUGAUGUUGCCCAGCUGCUGCUUGAGAAUGGAGCCAAGGUGGAUUCUUGUGAUCGGUGGGGAAGCACGCCGCUUGCAGACGCCAUACAUUAUAAAAACCAUGGUGUAAUCAAACUAUUGGAGAAGUACGGUGCGAAGGAUCUUAUGGCUCCAAUGCACGUUGAAAAUGCUCGUGAGGUCCCUGAAUACGAGAUCCAUCCCAAUGAACUUGAUUUCACCGAUAGCAUUGAGAUAACAAAGGGAACAUAUAGGGUAGCUUUGUGGCGUGGAACGAAGGUUGCUGUGAAAACUUUCGGGGAAGGAAUUGCUAUUGAGGACAAAGUCAAGGCUUUUCGGGACGAGCUUGCGUUGCUUCAGAAAAUUAGACAUCCAAAUGUUGUACAGUUUCUUGGCGCUGUCACACAGAGCAGUCCGAUGAUGAUUGUGACUGAAUACUUACCAAAGGGUGACCUCCACGAGUAUUUGAAGAAAAAAGGUCCGCUUAAGCCUGCAACAGCUCUCAGAUUCGCUAUGGAUAUUGCCAGGGGAAUGAACUACCUACACGAAAAUAAAUCUGAAGCAAUUGUUCAUCGUGAUCUUGAGCCUUCGAACAUCUUGCUGGAUGACUCCGGGCACCUAAAGGUUGCUGAUUUUGGAGUUAGCAAGCUUCUUAAAGUCGCCAAAAGAAUCAAAGAAGACGCACCUCUUGCUUGCCAAGAUACUUCUUGUCGUUAUGUAGCUCCGGAGGUCUUCAGAAACGAAGAGUAUGACACGAAAGUAGACGUAUUCUCGUUUGCGUUAAUCCUACAAGAGAUGAUUGAAGGAUACCCACCAUUCUAUUUAAAGCAAGACCACGAAGUUCCCAAACAUUAUUGCGAAAAGGAGCGCCCUCCCUUUAGAGCCUCGUCGAAGUUCUAUGGCCACGGAUUGAAACAUUUGAUCGAGGAAUGUUGGAGUGACGAUCCAGCUAAUAGGCCGACGUUCAAGCAGAUCAUUCCCCGACUGGAAGCAAUCUAUAACCGAUUUGGCCACAGAAGGCGUUGGAAGGUGAUGAGGCCAUUGAAGUGCUUUCAGAGCUCAGAUUGGAUGAGAGAUGGGUCGAGCAGGACAAAUUCGACUCGCUAGUCAUGAAAUUGCAGGUGAUGAGGCUAUUGCCAUGCUGUUUAAUUUGUUGUUGAAGAUGAAACUCAUCUUGUUGUUGCUUAGUGAUUACUGAGAAUGCUGUUUAAUGUAAGUUCCCACAUUGUGCAAAUUUACCUCCCCUCUCUGUCUUGUAACAUGCAUGUAUUAAAGAAAGAAGAUGUAUAUGGGGAUUUGAUCUUGACAUUUUAUGUGAUUGUUAUUAUGGGA